UUUGACCGACUUUUCUAAUUGCGUAGAAGAUGUAGACAUGCUAUGGUUUUUUCUCUAAAUUCUCCAAGUUUCAGGUCACUCUAUUGAAUAGUCAGAUUUGGCAUGAAUCCUAUAAAUUACAGUCCUUCAUUCACUGCUAAGAGCAUUCAGUUUCAGAUAUAACAUCAGAAUUCACAAGAUUUAGUAUGGCAGAUCAUCUGUUCAACAAGCAGGCAGCUAUAUAUUCGGAGGCAAGGCCCAGAUAUCCGAGCGAAUGGUUCUCAAUGUUGGCUGCUCUCACCCCACAGCACUCUGUGGCUUGGGAUGUUGGCACCGGCAAUGGUCAAGCGGCUAUUGGUGUAGCUGAGCAAUACAAGAAAGUGAUAGCAACAGACAUCAGUGACGAACAACUAAAGCAUGCCAUACCACAUCCCCAAGUUCAAUACGUGCACACCCCGUUAGCAAUGUCUGAUGAUGAACUAGUGAGCUUGAUUGGUGGUGAAGAUUCAGUUGAUCUGAUUACUGCGGCUACUGCUGUGCAGUGGUUUGAUCUUGACAGGUUCUACCCGAUCGUGAAGCGUGUUCUACGAAAGCCAGGAGGUAUAAUUGCGGUCUGGUGCUAUGGUAGCAUGGAAUUCAGCCCAGAAAUUGAUGGUAUCUUAAGGAGGUUUUUUGAGCUAGGUAUACCUUUCCAAAGCCAAAGUUUCAAGAUUGCAGUACAGUGCUACAAGACACUUCCAUUUCCUUUUGAAAGUGUAGGUGUUGGGUGUGAGGGGCAGCCACUGGAAUUGGACAUGCGAAAGGAGAUGUCGUUUCAGGGACUCUUGAAGUUCCUCAGGUCACUUCCGGUGGUCCAUAUAGCUAAGGAACAAGGUGUGGAUUUAUUGCCUGAAGAGCUUCUCAAGGAAUUUGAGAGGGCUUGGGGCGAGCCAGAAAUGGUCAGGACUGCUAUCUAUAAGACAUACAUGCUUGCAGGAAAAGUCAAGCUCUAGAUGAAAAUGCGUGAUGCAGCUGUGCUUCUCCCUUCAGAGGUUUGAGCUCCAUUGUACUUCAAUUAAUGCUUGUUUAACAUUCAAGAAUAAUUAACAACGCCUGUCUGAGCUCUAUGAUUAUUAUCUAAAAAAUCGUUAAUAUCAGUUGAAUUAUAACUCGUUGAUCGUGUUUCUUGGACUACAUGAUUAACAAACUCUCCGAUGAAACUUAAACACUUAGCAGUCACAGAUUUCCUCAAGAAAUCUAGCUUCCGUUCUAUGUAUGUUUUUAUAUUUGGGACAUUGAAGUUAAAUUUGCCUAAAGAA